AUGGACUACGAGCAUGGAAUGCGCAAGUUUGAGUCGGCAGAGAAGAAAACCAAAGAGUCGUCCAAGCUGCCGAUCAAGCUGGCGGAUGGGCGACUGGAGGAAGAGGAGGAAGAGGAAGAAGAGGAGGAAGAGGAGCCUGUACCAAAGUCGACCAAGGGCCUUGGAGGGCGACCAGUGGACUCGGAAGGCGAAGCGGACUUUAACGAGGAACCGGAUCGGGAGUCGAUGACCCGGCGCGAGUACAUUGUAGCGCAGCAGAACCGGCUGGCGGGGCUGGCGAGCGCAGUAGUCCAAAGCCCAGAGGGGAGCGCGCGGGCGUUACGGCUGCUGCACAAAAUCAGCGAGGACAGCGACCGCAAGGUGCGGCAGCUGGGCCUGCUGACGCAGCUGGCCGUGUACCGCGACAUUCUGCCUGACUACCGCAUCCGCGAGCUGACAGAGAAGGAGCGCGCAAUGAAGGUCACCAAGGAAGUGCGGCAGCAGCGCAUGUUCGAGGAGAGCCUGGUCAAGACCUACGGGCAAUACCUGCACCAGCUGUUUGCGGCGGUAAAGCGCGGCAUGAAGAUCUUUGGCGACGCCAGCGCCGACGUCGAGACCGGUGUGGUGGCAGCACGUGCGCUGGGCGAGCUAGUCAAUGCCCAUCCGCACUUCAACUUCCGCAAGGACAUUCUGUCAGCGCUGGUAGACAUCUACGUGCAGCCGUCGUCGCGCAUCACCAUGCCGGAAUUUGCGCCAAUGGCUCAGACUGCGCGGCUGGCAGUCCUGCGGCUCUUCCAUGACGAUGCCAGCGGCGAGUACUCGCAGAACGCAGUGAUAUUAGCGGCUAAGCGCAUCAAACGGCUGUCGUACCGCGUCGAUGCCAGCUCCCUGCGCCCCUGGCUGCAUCUGCGGCUGCGCGACGAGCUGCGGGAGAACCCCGAGGACCGCAAGCGCGCGGAGGCGGAGCGGCUGCGGAAGGAGCAGCUGCGCGAGCGCAACAAGCUGAUGAAGCGCAAGAAGAGUGGCUCAGCGGUGGGCGAGGCGCGGCGGGCGGCCUUCGAGACGAAGAAGCAGAAGAAGGCCAGGCGUGUGCAGCAAGAGGUCGAUAGGGAUUUGCGCGACGCGCAGGCAGAGGUGACGCGGGAGGAGCGCGAGCGGUGGUUCGGUGAGACCCUGAAGCAGGUGUUUGUCACGUAUUUCCGCAUUCUCAAGCAAAAGGACAAUAUCGGCGGGCUGCUGCCGGCGGUGCUGGAGGGCCUGGCCAAGUACGCGCAUCUGAUAAGCGUGGAGUUUUUCCUCGAUUUGUUCCAUUUGCUGAAGAAGAUCAUGCGCGGACAGCACGGUGUCGGCGUGGGCAACGAGGACGACGAUACCAGCGACCUGGUGUCGUCCAAGGUCAGCCUCCGCACAUCGCUGCUGUGCAUUCUGUCGGCGCUGCACAUUCUGACCGGCCAGGGCGAGGCGCUGAACCUGGACAUCAAGGAUUUCUUCCACCAGCUCUACGCUUUGCUGCCGCCGCUGGCAGCCCAUGCACAGAUCGAGGCCACGCGGCUGUCGUCGCUCUCCGAUGGCACACGCUUCACUGCGAUGUGGGAGGCGACGGUGCGGAGCGAAGCUGAUCUGUUGUUCGAGUGCCUCGAACUGAUGUUCCUGGGUCGCACCAAGGUCUCGUCGGUCACGCGUGUGGCCGCAUUUGUCAAGCGCCUGGCCGAGGGCGCCUUGUACUGGCCGGCCAAGACCGCGGUCCGCGCUAUUGCCUUUAUCCACAAGCUCAUGGUCAAGUACCCUCAUCUCGACCGCUUGUUUGCCUCCGACGAGCAGGCCGCCAGCGGUCUGUAUCUGAAGGAUAUCGAUGACCCGGACAUGUGCAAUCCCUUCGGCUCUUGUGUCUACGAGAUCCAUUGCCUGCAAACCCAUCCACAAUGCCACUGUGCGAGCGGCAGCAGCCCGUCUGCUGGCGUUCGUCAAGGCAGAGGACAAGAAACACCAGCUAUAAAUCUGUUUUUUUAUGUCAAUCUUACUCGAACCUGA